AUGGCUGCGCCAGAGACAGAGAACAAAUACGCAAUACAUGAAGCGGCGAGGGAUGGGAGAACCCAAGUGGUCGAGUCGCUCCUAAAUGCGAAUCCCAAACUCGACAAAGUUGUGGACCAAGAUGAACGCCUCGCAAUCCAUUGGGCGUGCGCCUUCAACCACUUGGACAUUGUCAAACUCCUCGCAUCGACCCGAUCCUUCGACCCCGACGUACAGGACGGUUCUGGAUGGACACCGCUCAUGAUCGCCUCGAGUCUAAAAGAGAACAGCGGCGAGGUCGUUGUUGAGCUUCUGCUAUCGAAAGAGGCUGAUCCUAAAAUCGUCACCAACACCGGUGCCACUGCUCUGCACUUUGCCGUUUCGAAGGGUAACCUUGAGAUCUGCAAGAUUCUGUUGGAACAUGGCGCCUCGGCAAGGACCAAAGACAAACGGGGACAACUGCCUAUACACCGGGCCGCCGCGGUUGGCAGUGUGCCAAUCCUGAAGUUGUUGGUUGAGAACAAAAGCCCUGUCAAUGCCACCGACAUGGAUGGAAUGACCCCACUGCACCACGCAAUUAGCGAAGGACAUGCUCAUGUGGCGGUAGAGCUGCUGAAAGCGGGCGCGGAAAUAGACAAAAAAGACAGAGAUGGCCGACUCGCUAUCGAAUGUGCACCCGACAACAAAGUCCGAUCGUACAUUGUCAAAGCUGCUGAACGAGAAGGCAUCGAGCUCGACUGA